AAAAAAAAUUUUUUUUGCUAGCGAGCGAGCGAGCGAUCCCUAACACUUCACUCACCCAAAACUCAAAAAUAAUUCAAAUUCCAACAAUUUUUUCAUCUACAUGGCCUUUCACGUUGCUUGCCCAAUUACAUGCCGGCGAAUCUGUUUCUGUCCGCUAGGGUUUCCGCGGGGGCUAGAGAAUGCGAAGGCGAGGGGGGAGUUCGCGGAGGAGGUUUCGAGGAUCGAGGAGUUUCUGAGGGACCCGUUGGGGAUUAGGUUUAGGGAGAAGAGAGGAGUAGGAGAAGAAGGAUGGAAAGAUACGGUUCAAGUUUUGGUUCCAAAGGUGGUUCCGCCUCCGCCGCCGUUGCUUCCGCCGGCGGUUGUGGACGGCGGCGGAGGUGGAGGAGGGAUUGGCGGCGGCGGCGGGGGAAAUGUGGUGGAUGAGGUGGCUGCUGCUGCCUCCGCGCAGAGCAAGCGCAUCGCGCUGCAGAAGAAGGCGGCUGCUGCUAUGGUUGCUGCCGAGGACUACGCGAGGAGGUUCGAGUCCGGUGAUCUGGCUGUGGAUGUUUCAAGAGGUCAAGCUGGAGAAGAGCAGGGUCUGUCUAACAUGAAUGUAAUGUGCCGGCUGUGCUUUUUUGGUGAAAAUGAAGGUAGUGAGAAAGCAAGAAGGAUGCUUCCAUGCAAGAAAUGUGGCAAGAAGUAUCACAGGAGCUGCUUGAAAUCUUGGGCUCAACAUAGAGAUCUAUUUCACUGGAGUUCAUGGGUCUGUCCCUCUUGUCGGAUUUGUGAGGUUUGCCUGAAAACUGGAGACCCAAAUAAAUUUAUGUUCUGUAAAAGGUGCGAUGGGGCUCACCAUUGCUACUGCCAGCAGCCAUCUCACAAGAAUGUCAGUGCUGGGCCUUACUUGUGCCCAAAACAUACAAGGUGUCACAGCUGUGGCUCCAAUGUCCCGGGAAAUGGCUCCAGUGUAAGGUGGUUUCUGGGUUACACUUGCUGCGAUGCAUGUGGAAGAUUGUUUGUGAAGGGAAAUUAUUGCCCUGUUUGUUUGAAGGUAUAUAGAGAUUCAGAAUCAACACCAAUGGUUUGCUGUGAUGUUUGCCAGCGCUGGGUGCAUUGCCAGUGUGAUGGCAUCAGGUUUCAUUCAUGGAGAAGAAAGGGCGAAGAAGAAGAUGAGGACGAAGACGACGUCGCACCACUGUCAUCCAACGGAAAGGCCAUUACCAUCGCUCCUCCAACAACCACCACUUUCCCUUCUCCUAUUCCCUCAGGCGCGACGGCGACGGAGACCACGAUUCCACUCCCCCGGCCAUCAUCGAUACGCGAAAGCGAUCACAACGACGUUUUUAAUUUCUGCCGCCGAUGGUGUGAGGGUGUGAGGGUUUGA